GGUACUGAUAACUUCCAUAACGACGUAUAGUAGUUUACAGUCAUUUUUCCCUAUCAAUUUAGUUCUAGUGAAGCAUUGUUGGAAUAAUAAUGUUGUUCGCACAAAUGUAAACGUUUUAUACAGUGUUAACAAAAAUUUAAAUAUGAAGCUGCACCUUCUUCUAUUCAUAUUUUCUACGACAAGAGCUUAUCCCGAUGGAGCUCCUAUCGCAGUAUGCAACAAUUUGGCACCGUUGCACGGUAGCGCCUUAACGCAACAAGGACCCCCACCCUAUACGUUAUACACCGAACCGCACAAGAACGUCAUUAUGGUUUCUUUGAAUUCGACCAUCGGUAGCGGUUUCAAAGGGUUCAUAAUUCAAGGAAGAACACCCAACGGUACGAUCGUCGGUUCUUUCAAGCUACCAGAUGGCGUUCCCUAUCACACGCUCGAUUGUAGCGGUCCGGAUGAUUCUGUUACACAUAGCAGCCCAGCGAUCAAAAAUCGUUUAGAUCUCAUUUGGUUACCUCCUGUAGGAUACGAAGGACCUGUUAUAUUCAAUUCUACUGUAGUUCACGACUUCAGUACGUUCUGGGUGGGAUUGGAGUCGGAGGAAAUUAAUAUAAAAAAAUCUAGUCGAGCUGUUUCUUUAUACGACGGAUGCGGAAUGACCAAAUACUGCCACGGAUCUCCAAUAGAUUGUAUAGAAAAAGAAAAUUGUAAAAUAGCCGUGGCUGUAACGCCCCUAGGUGACGUAUAUGAUUUCGAAAUAAAAGCAACCGAAAACGCGGCAUGGGUGGGAGUUGGAUUGUCGGAUGAUGCUCUGAUGGGUAACGAUUCCGUCAUUGAAUGUGUUAAAGAAAACGGAACAGUUAAUACAUAUAUGUCAUGGACUGGAAUCAAUCCUUAUAGAGCUACAAGGGUGCCUAAAAAAGACGUGUUAUUACUAAACGGAAAAUCCGAAGGAGAAGAGCUGUACUGUAAAGUUAGAAGAGCUGCAGUUACUGUCGUCCAAGGAGUCACGUUCGAUUUAAAAAAAAAAUUGUAUCAUAUUCUACUGGCAUCAGGAAGUACUGUUACACCUACAUCUGUAACCUACCACAAUCUAGAAUGCGAGGCUACACCAGACCCGCAAGUACUAGAAGUAAAUCGAAACUUACCUCAACCAUCUCCACAAGUUAAAAACAAUUCAAUGGUGUUAGAUCCGUUUUAUCAAGGUUGCGGAAGCUCUAAACUCUGUUUCGGUUUCCCCGAAGGAUGCGUAGACACCCAAAACUGUAACGGCGUUACCGCCGUUACAUCUACUGGAGAUAAAACUUUCAUUUUCGAAGUUAGAGCUAACCAGAACGCCGCUUGGGUAGGCGUCGGACUUUCGGACGAUACACGAAUGGGAGACGACUCUGUUAUAGAAUGUGUCAAAGAUGUAAGCGGAAUGAACGCCUACAUGUCCUGGACUGGUAUAAAUCCUUAUAGAGCUACCAGAUUACCCGAUCCUCAUCUCGGUAUACAACUUCUCAAUUCCAGCAGUAUCGAUGAUACUAUUUACUGUAAAGUUAGAAGAAACGUUGUUACUAUAGUUGAAGGGAGAACGUUCGAUUUGGAUCACGAUAUGUAUCACUUGAUGGUUGCAGUUGGAUCUUCAGUUCAACCUACAACUGUGACUUAUCACAACUUGGGAGUUACGUGCAGUGCUCAGAAACUAUCGUUAACCGAUACUUCAAACGUCCAUUCAAAAUCGACUAUCUUGGUUCGACUCCAUGGUGUAUUUAUGGUUAUAGGGUGGAUAGGAACCGUUUCUUUGGGUACUAUAAUAGCUAGAUUUUAUAAAGAUGCUUGGACUGGUACUUUGUUGGGAUACGAUGUUUGGUUUACGAUGCAUACCGUCUUCACAAUGUUAACCUGGAUACUGACAGUGGUUGGUUUCAUUUUAAUAUUUGUCGAAUUAGAAGGAUGGUCUGCUGAAUCUAACCCGCACGCCAUUUUGGGUACCAUAACGACCAUUUUGUGUUUCAUCCAACCGAUACCGGCGUAUUUUAGACCUUCCGUGGGAACGCCGAAUAGACAUAUUUUCAACUGGUUCCAUUGGAUUGUCGGAAGCGGUGCGCAUGUUAUUGCCAUUGUCGCCAUGUUCUUUGCCGUGACUUUAACCAAAGCUCAAUUGAAUGAACAAGUUUAUUAUAUCCUUGGAGCGUAUGUUAUACUGCACGUCCUCGUACACAUCAUUCUAUAUUCAACCUUUUCAUGGAGAAGAAGCAUCCUGGGGGUGUACAUCUUGAUUUUACUCAUCAUAAUGUUAAUUUUAGUUACAGUAGUAGCUAUGGCACCACAAUGGCCUUUUGGUCAAUAAGAUUACAUCCAAAAUGGUACAAAUUCUUUUAAUUGUAAAUAUUUUUGUGUCGUUUAUUUAUUUUAAACUGUUUCCCUAAAUCGUAUCUAGGCCUCCAGUAGAAAUUGAAAAAGCGAUAACCAAACCAAAAAAUUUUUUACUAUAAAUGUUAAAUUAUUUUAAUUCUUAAUAAAAUUUAUUGUUUUUUUUAAUUUUUAUCACAUAAAUUAUUAUUAUAUUGCACGAUUUUUGAAAAUAUAUUGUUUUUAUAGUUUCUAAUAGUAUCUUGUAUACUAAAAAUAUUUGUUAUAAAAUAAAAUCAAUUUUUAAAAAUUAAACAAAACUUUUAUUUU